CGUCAUUUCCGGGUGUCAAUAUGCGUCUCGGUACUGCAGCGAUAAGCAUCGGUAAGAUGUGAACGGGAAGAAAAGAUAAAACAAUCUGCCUCCAAACCGAAAGCACGGGCUGCCGACGACUUUGACGACGCUGCUGUCAUCCUUUGUCUCCGUCCACCGCGAGUGACUAGCAGCGGAUUCGCCGCCGACUGUCAGCCGUAUCUGCGCGAAUGGCCGCGGAGGUUCGGAGGGCCCUCGGCCGGGGCUGGUGUCUGACGCUCGGCCCGGCUCGCGGAGGCCUUCACGGCACCGUGCUGCGAUCUCUUCUCUUCAUCACGGCCCUCAGCGGACUGGUCCGUCUCCCCGGGGCCACGGAGGCGAAGGAGUGCGAUAAACCGUGCUUGAACGGCCAGUGCAACACCUCCAGCGGCGUGUGUGUGUGCGAGCCGGGAUGGGUCGGGGAGCAGUGCCAGCACUGCGGCGGCCGCUUCAGGCUAACGGGACCCUCAGGCUAUCUCUCAGACGGACCAGGAAACUACAAAUACAAGACCAAGUGCACAUGGCUCAUAGAGGGACAGCCGAACUCAAUCCUCAGGCUUCGCUUUGAGCAUUUUGCCACCGAGUGCAGCUGGGAUCAUCUGUAUGUGUAUGAUGGAGACUCUAUCUACUCUCCUUUACUCGCCGCCUUCAGUGGUUUGAUUGUUCCUGAGAGCUACAGCAAUGAGACCGUCCCAGAGGUGGUGGCACAGUCUGGUUUCGCCUUGCUGCAUUUCUUCAGUGACGCUGCGUAUAAUCUCACCGGCUUCAACAUCUCCUACAGGUUAAACACGUGCCCCAGUAACUGCUCCGAUCGCGGGGAGUGUCGUGUGGGGAAUUCCAGCGACUCUGUGCAGUGUGCGUGCGAGGACGGCUGGAAAGGAGAGGCCUGCGACGUGCCCUACUGCUCCUCCGACUGCGGCGUUCCUCUGCGGGGACGGUGUGACGGCGCCGCCAAACGCUGCCGGUGCAAACCAGGAUGGCAAGGCCUGGACUGUUCAAUAACCGUACCAGCAAAUGUUUCCUUCUGGACACGUGAGGAAUACAGCGGACAUGGCUUGGCGCGGGCGUCCCAUAAGGCUGUGGUUCAUGAAGACGUGAUGUGGGUGAUAGGUGGACAUGUGUUCAACUACACACACUACCUGAUGGUUACUGCGUUUAACAUCUCCUCUCAAAGCUGGAUGUCAUUAAACCGGUCCGUCAACUCCGCAACUGGACGCUACGGCCAUUCACUCUCCCUGCACGAGGAUAAAAUCUACAUGUACGGUGGGAAGAUCGACUCCACGGGAAACGUGACCUCAGAACUGUGGGUGUUCCACACGCUGAACCAGUCGUGGGUUCUGCUGAAUCCGCACGCUAAAGAACAGUAUGCCGUCGUGGGCCAUUCUGCACACACCGUCUAUCUGGACGAAUCGGAGCCCUGCAUACUGGUCGUGUUCGGACACUGCCCUCUUUACGGAUACAUCAGUCAAGUGCAGCAGUACAACAUUGUAACGAACACAUGGAGCGUCUUAGAGACUCGCGGGGCGCUGGUUCAGGGUGGCUAUGGGCACAGUAGUGUGUAUGACCCUCAAACGCGCUCCAUCUACAUCCAUGGAGGCUAUAAGGCUUUCAGUGCCAAUAAAUACGGCCUGGCUGGAGACCUGUACCGCUAUGAUGUGGACAAGAGGAUGUGGUUGAUUCUGAGGGACAGUGGUUUUUUCCGUUACCUCCACACGGCCGUGAUUGUCGGCGGGAACAUGUUGGUGUUUGGAGGGAACACGCACAAUGACACCUCAAUGAGCCACGGGGCAAAGUGCUUCUCCUCAGACUUCAUAGCGUACAGCAUAGCUUGUGAUGAGUGGACUGUUCUGCCCAAUCCAGAUCUUCACCAUGAUGUCAACCGUUUUGGCCACUCAGCCGUGUAUCACGACGGGGUGAUGUACGUGUACGGAGGCUUUAACAGCCUGAUGCUCAGCGACGUGCUGAGGUUCACCCCUGCGAGCUGCGCUGCUUUCUCGGAGCAGCUGGAGUGCGUGACGGCUGUGCCCGGCGUGAAGUGUGUGUGGAACUUUUCUGCCUCCACCUGCAUGUCCUGGGACGCUGCAGCACCUCACGACACCGAGGGCUUACGAAACACCUGCAGUCCCAGAGCGUAUGCCGAUGGUGAAAAGUGUGAGCAGUAUUCAGACUGCUACAGCUGUACAGCAAACACUAACAGCUGCCAGUGGUGCGCUGCGGCCUGUGUGUCUGGUCAUAGUAACUGCACCAGUUCUCCGGGUGGGAUAAUGGAGUAUGAGGCGUGUCCAAAGGAUAACCCAUCCUUUGUGUGCAGCAAAAAGACCAGCUGCAAAAGUUGUGCCACAGAUCAGAACUGCCAAUGGGAGACGAGAAAUCAAGAGUGCACUACCCUGCCUGGGAAUAUCUGUGGGGAGAGUUGGCACCUGGUGGGGAACUCCUGUCUGAAGCUGAUCACAGCUAAGGACUCUUAUGAUAACGCUAAACUGGCGUGUCGCAGUCACCAGGCGGUGCUGGCUUCCCUCACCACACAGAAGAAAGUCCAGUUUGUCCUCAAAGAGAUGCACAACAGAUCGUUGCAAUCAAAAGCCAUCAUCACUCCGUGGGUGGGUCUGAGGAAGAUCAAUGUCUCCUACUGGUGCUGGGAGGACAUGUCCCCCUUCACCAAUUCCACACUGCAGUGGCUGCCGGGCGAGCCCAGCGACGCUGGUUUCUGUGGGUACCUGGCUGAGCCCACUUUUAAUGGACUGAAGGCAGCAACCUGCGUCAACUCUGUUAAUGGGAGUCUGUGUGAACGACCAACGAACCACAGUGUGAAGCAGUGUCGGACGCCCUGUGCCCUGAGAUCUUCCUGUAGUGAGUGCACCAGUGGGAGCUCAGAGUGCAUGUGGUGUAGUAACAUGAGGCAGUGCGUGGACUCUAAUGCUUAUGUGGCGUCCUUCCCCUACGGCCAGUGCAUGGAGUGGUACACCAUGAACAGCUGCCCACCGGAGAAUUGUUCUGGCUACAAGACCUGUGGUCACUGUUUGGACCAGCCUGGCUGUGGGUGGUGCACUGAUCCCAGCAAUACAGGACGGGGCCAGUGUAUAGAGGGCUCUUACCGCGGUCCGAUCCAAACACUGUUCCACGCCCCUUCCUCUUCAGGCCCCUCCCUCAUUCCCGCCCCUCAGCCAAUGCUGAACGUGAGCUUGUGCCCACUAGAGGGCAGCUACAACUGGUCCUUCAUCCAGUGCCCAGCGUGCCAGUGUAACGGACACAGCUCUUGUGUCAAUGAGAGCGUGUGUGAGAGAUGCGAGGACCUCACCACAGGCAAACAGUGCGAGAGCUGUAUCUCCGGUUACUAUGGCGAUCCCACAAACGGGGGCAGCUGUCAGCCAUGUAAGUGCAACGGCCAUGCCAGCAUGUGUAACUCUAACAAUGGCAAAUGCUUCUGUACCACCAAGGGCAUCAAAGGAGACCGCUGCCAUUUGUGUGAGGUAGAGAACCGUUACCAGGGCAACCCUCUGAAGGGAACGUGUUAUUACACUCUGCUGAUAGACUAUCAGUUUACCUUCAGUUUGUCUCAGGAGGACGACCGCUACUAUACUGCCAUCAACUUUGUGGCAACUCCAGAUGAGCAAAAUCGAGACCUGGACAUGUUUAUUAAUGCCUCAAAAAACUUUAACCUCAACAUCACAUGGGCAACCAGCUUUGCAGCUGGGACUCAAGCUGGUGAGGAAAUCCCUAUAGUCUCCCGCAGCAACAUAAAGGAGUUCAAAGACAGCUUCUCCAAUGAGAAGUUUGAUUUCCGGAGCAAUGCCAACAUUACCUUCUACGUGUAUGUCAGCAACUUCACCUGGCCAGUCAAAAUCCAGAUCGCUUUCUCUCAACACAGUAACUUCAUGGAUUUGGUUCAGUUUUUUGUCACGUUCUUCAGCUGUUUCCUGUCCUUGCUUCUGGUGGCAGCAGUCGUUUGGAAGAUAAAACAGAGCUGCUGGGCGUCACGGCGCAGAGAGCAACUCCUGCGAGAAAUGCAGCAGAUGGCCAGCCGACCAUUCGCCACCAUCAACGUCGCCUUGGAGACGGAUGAGGAGCCACCAGACCUGAUUGGUGGAAAUGUGAAGUCUGUGCCUAAACCCAUAGCUUUGGAGCCCUGUUUUGGGAAUAAGGCCGCAGUGCUCUCCAUCUUUGUUAGAUUACCCAGAGGCCCCGGAGGUAUUCCUCCUCCAGGACAGUCAGGUCUGGCAGUAGCGAGUGCAUUAGUGGACGUCUCUCAGCAGAUGUGUCUGGGAUAUAAGGAGAAGUCGGGAGGGUUGCGUAGCCGCAAGCAGCAGCCAUUAGCACAGCCCGCCACCUGCAUCUGACAUUUACCCCUCGUCCUCUGACCUCGGACCCCUGCCAGGACACAAGAGUCACAAGAACACACGCUUAUGGCUGGGUGGCGUGGUUUAGACAAGCCAAGAGGACUCUGAUUAGAGAACCUGAAUCUCUCCUGGCCCAAAGUGAGAGAACACUACAGGAAAUUAACUCUUAUGUGACCCUGACUGAAAGGACUUAUCCUGGGCCACUUUAUGAUAUUUAACUUAUUUCAGUUAUUUUAUUCCAUUUUUACAAUCAGGAGGAAGAAUCCUUGCACUGCUGCAUCUCUGAUGAAGGCAAACACACACACACACACACACACACACACACACACACACACACACACACAUACACACAGACAUUUUUCUUCUGGAGACUUCUUUGGCUGCAUGGCUAAACACACACACGCAUAUAGUACAGGAUGUCUUUUAGAGGCUUAUAGUACGUCUAUGUCUCUUUAAUCAUGGCAGUAACUGCUUUUAUUUCUUAAUAAUUAAUCACGUCUCUGAUGUGCAGGAAUAAAACACAGCGAGCUGGUAUGUUUACAAGCGUUUUAAUUCACAGGUCAUCUGUGACGCCUCUCCCAAGCAUUUUAUGUUUGUCCCAAUAAGAGGAUUUCUACAUUUUAGCUUUUUCGCAUCCUUCCAUUCUCUUUUGAAUUACCUCCUUUCACGUGUUCGUGUAGAGAUCUGAGACGUCAGUGUUUAUGUUUGCCAUAAUGAUAGCGCCGCCGCUGCUUCUGCUUUUAUCAUUUACUUCCUCUCACUUCUCUCUUAUCUGAAAUCUCAACCCAUUUCUCAGGCACAUUUCAAGGAAGGCAGAAAUAAAAGGUGACUGCAGGCAGGCAGGCAGCAGGAUGGAAUUAGAGCGAACAAGGACCUUGUUUGGGUUUCUCGAAAUGUCAGAUGUCAUUUUGGGCUGGCGAAGGAUUAUCUGCAUACACAAAUGCACAAACCUGGACCUGCGUCGGAUACCGGGGGUAUUCUCCAGGAUAUGGAGUGGAUUGCCUAGUGCAAAGGAAAGGUCAGAGAUAGAGUGAGGAAAUGUGACAUUAUGAAAUCUAAAUCGGUGUAAGUGUGUGUAGCGGCGCAGUCAUUACAUCUUUCAUUAUCCUGGCGCGCGGCUGUACCGAGACGGCACAGAUGACCUGCUCGCCAGUUCUCGGUGCGUUUAAAGUGCCAUGAAUAAAGGGACAAGUCACUAGACCAGAACAAAACAUCUAGUAUUGAAAGCCUAAACAGGAUGUUACUAAUCUGUCCGUGAUCUCAUAGGAAAAUUCAAGUCCUGUGACACCCAUCAGGUGUGAAUGUAAGCCGGGACGUCGUAGAGAGACCGUUUAUGUGUUUUCGUUUUUUUUUUCUCUCACAAUCUUUUAGGGUCCAAAAGGGAAAGUGCACUCACACGUACAUACAAAGUGGUCUAAUGAAAGGAGCUGGUCUCUCUUCCUUCAGAUGGAAGCUAAAUCUCACAUUGCUUUUCUCUGUAAGCCUCAAACAGUACUCCUCACACACCGACCGCACCAUCUGUAUACAGUGAUACUGUAGAUAUGGAGUCUGUAGUUUGUUAAUAUGUAUAAUGUAGCAGCAAGUGCACUCAAGUUUUUUGUACAUAGUGAUGGACAGUAAUGUGAAUGCCGUCUAUGUUAAGCGACUUACUGCACUUGGCGGGUGGAGUAUCCCAGGCUUUUGAAAUGUGACUGCAUUGCAGCUUCUUUUGUAUGUAAGAUGGCGAAUGUCAUGAACAAACUUUAAACUAGCUGCCUACUUUAAGAUAAAAAAAUGACGACCUGGACAUUUAAACUGACCUUGUAAUUAUAUGUGUACAUAAAGAAUGACAUAGAACAUUUUGUCUAUAAUUAAACGGUAAAACGAA